GUUUGAUUCCCGCUAAGCCUGUUGAGCUGCUGUUCGAAAUGAGCAGGCUAAAGCACUCCGCUCACCCUUCAUCAUGUUUUUUCCCGUCCCCGUCGAAGAGCAUGACCCCAUUCUCACAUUCAUCAACCACCGAAGAUGGACAAAUUACCGCCAAAAUAUGUCUCCUCGGCGACAACUUGGAGGUCGAAGCUGGCCCUCCGAACAGCCUCGGCGCUAUUCUUAAUCAUAAUCGCUGCCAUCGGGGGCUCGCUGGCGAAUACGCCCCGAGUGGAUGUCCUGGGCAUCAUGCUGAUCCUCGCACCUGGCCUCAUCGCUCCCUUCAUUUGGGACAUCGCCGAAGGCAUCUGCAUCCUGUGCCGCGGAGGGCACCGAGGCAUCCAUCCCGGAGCCAUCGUCGCCAUCGACCUGCUGUGCUGGCUCGGCUGGGUCGUCAUCGUCUUCUUCAUGUGCGUGAGCGGGCUCAUUACCCGCGCCCGCUAUUUCAUCGACGACUACAGCGGAUACGACGACUACCAGUACGACACGUCAAAGGUCACGCCCGAGGACGCGCAGCUGGAGCAGUCGAUCGAGGCGAAGGGGCGGGUCAUGGCUGCCUUCGGCUGCUUGACCGUCGUCGCCCAUUUUAUGCUCUUCGUCAUCGGGUGCCGCGAAACCAACAUUCGCAGCAGGAUGCCGCAGACCGUCUACGUGAUGCAGCCCAUCUAUAGCACCGAGGCAGUCGGACCGUACCAACUCGGCCAGGUUGUUGGCCAGCCGCAACCUCCGAUGCCUCAGAUGCCCGUAUUCCUGCAGCCGCCGCCGAGCCAACUUGCCGCCCGACCGUCUCCAGCUCAAGCAGGUUAGCCAGAGACAGGAGAUUCAGGGUUCGAUGGACCGGGUGAUGGCACCCAUGCGGAUUCUGGAUUUCUCCUCCCUAGGAGUUAGGAAAUUAUCAUAUAAUGUCCAGAGGUGUUUGAAGGCUGCAUCUCUGACUGUACUCAUUGGUGUCAACAGUUGAGUGUGAAGCGCAUCGCCAGACAGGCCCCUGACGCCGAACCUCCAAAGCAAGCUCCUGAUUCGCGUCGCCUCGUCCGCGCGCAAUAACUUAGACAGGUAGGCAACCAACUUCUUGCGCGCCCCGAAAAUUUCUCCAAGCCCCACAGAACUUCGGGGCAA